AUAGAAUUGACAACUGGGAGAAGAGGAGAGUGUGGAUCAGUGAUUGGAAAGGGGGUAACAGAAAGUAAUAGGAAGCCCAGCCAGGGUAUAAUUAAAAUAUCCCAUAAUAACCAGGGUCUGGGCAGCCUGCAGGCACUGAGACCCCAGGGCUGGGUAUAGCAGCUCUUACUAUAAAAUAUUAAAUAUAAUCAUAUCUGUAAACAGCCAUAGAAACCCUAUCACAGACACCCUGCAUGAAAGGUCAGCUAAGGUGUAUGGACUAUCUAGUAAUGCGUCAAUAAAUAUAUAUAUACAGGUAGUACAGGGCUGUGAGAGAGCUGUCAGUAAUAAAACAGAGAUAUACAGACAGCACAGGGCUGUGAGAGAGCUGUCAGUAAUAAAACAGAGAUAUACAGACAGCACAGGGCUGUGAGAGAGCUGUCAGUAAUAAAACAGAGAUAUACAGACAGCACAGGGCUGUGAGAGAGCUGUCAGUCAUAAAACAGAGAUAUACAGACAGCACAGGGCUGUGAGAGAGCUGUCAGUCAUAAAACAGAGAUAUACAGAUAGUACAGGGCUGUAUAGGGUCCACUGCCAAGCUAUGGUGCUCUGGAAGCAUUGGAGAGUUAUAUAGAUUGUAAGCUCCAGGGACAAGGGAGUGUGAGCCAAGUUACAGGGAUACAGAGGAGAACAACUUCUCAAAAUGUCCCUGGAGGAUCCUUUCUCUGUGGUCAGAAGUGAGGUGCAGAAAGCACUGAACACCAGUCGGGGUCUGUACCAGCGCUGGUGCGAGCUACUUCAGGAGAGUCAUGUGACCAGUGUGGAGGAGUUUGAUUGGACAACCAAUGAACUUAGGAAUUCAUUGAGGAGCAUUGAAUGGGAUCUUGAGGACCUGGAAGAAACAAUCAGCAUUGUGGAAUCGAACCCAAGGAAGUUUAAAAUCUCUGGGACAGAACUGAGUGAAAGAAGGAGCUUUGUGGAUCAGACACGGAGCUCAGUAAAGGAAAUGAGAGAUCAUAUAUCGAGCCCCAGAGUUGUGGCUUUCACCGAACGGAAGAAUAGAGAGGCAUUGGGAGUUACCGCUAAGCAACCUUCUGACCGCUUUACUCGUAUGGACGAUGAAAUGGUCGCCGGGAACUCUCGUUACGUUGAAGAUCAGCAGGCUCAGCAACAGCUGAUUAUAGAUGAGCAGGACGCGGAGCUCGAGCUGGUAACCGGCAGCAUCCGGGUCCUGAAAAACAUGUCUGGACGGAUAGGAGAUGAGUUGGAUGAGCAAGCUGUGAUGUUGGAGGAUUUCUCGCACGAGAUGGAUAAUACUCAGACGCGAAUGGACUCGGUGCUCAAGAGACUGGCCAAAGUUUCUCACAUGACAACCGACCGCCGGCAGUGGUGUAUGAUCAUUGCAUUGGUGAUCGCUCUCAUAAUUGUGCUGAUCCUGUUGUUGGUGCUUUGAACGCUGUAUCCAGAGAGCGUGUCGCUUUGGGUGACGCUAUAACGUAGCAAACGUGGAUGUGGAUUUUUUUUAUUAUUAUUAAAGGUCAUUCGUGUCAUUGCAGAGGAACACGCAGUCUAUGAUGACAUUAGUCUGCAGGACUGCAACACAAAACUGCCAUUUACCUACUAAACAUACUGUGCAAGCCAAAAUAAAAUAUUUUUGUAUUGUCUGGUA